AUGGUCUUCAAAACUAAACUCACUGAAAUGCUUGGCAUCAAGCACCCCAUCGUCCAAGGUGGCAUGCAAUAUGUUGGUGUUGCUGAAUUAGCUUCUGCUGUCUCAAACGCUGGUGGUCUUGGUUUGAUCACUGCAUUGACUCAACCUACACCUGAGGCUCUUCGCGCUGAAAUCAAGCGUUGUCGCACAAUGACUGAUAAGCCUUUUGGCGUCAACUUAACCUUUUUACCUGCUAUUGUCCCUCCUCCUUACGAAGAAUACGCCCAAGUCAUCAUUGAUGAAGGCAUCAAGGUAGUCGAAACUGCUGGUAACAACCCUGGUAAAUACAUCAAGAUGUUCAAGGCUGCUAAUAUCACUGUUCUUCACAAAUGUACAUCCAUUCGCCACGCUUUAUCUGCACAACGUUUGGGCGUUGAUAUUAUCUCUAUGGAUGGUUAUGAAUGUGCUGGUCACCCUGGUGAAGACGACAUCACUGCAUUGAUUUUAUUAGCCAAAUCUGCAACCAAAUUAAGCAUUCCUUACAUUGCUUCUGGUGGUUUCGGUGAUGGUGCUGGUUUGGCCGCUGCUUUGGCUUUAGGUGCUGAAGGUAUCAACAUGGGUACCCGUUUCAUGUGUACUGUUGAAUCUCCUAUCCACAACAACAUCAAGGAGACUAUUGUCAAGGCUGAUGAACGUUCAACUGCUCUCGUUUUCCGUCCUUUCCGCAACACAUCUCGUAUUUUCAAAAACUCAAUUGCAGUUGAAGUGAACAAGCGUGAACAGAACCCCAAUAUCAAGUUUGAGGAUGUGCGUGAACUUGUUUCUGGUGCACGUGGUAAGCAAGUAUACACGACUGGUGACAGUGAAUUUGGUGUGUGGACUGCUGGUCAAGUCGUUGGUAUCAUUGAGGACAUUCCUACUUGUGAGGUUUUGAUUUCCCGUAUUGUCCGUGAUGCUGAGGCCAUCGUCACUGAACGUUUAGCCAAGAUGUAUGUUCCUAACAGCAAGUUAUAG